CUUCAGUUACGAUACGUGUUUAUUUUUAUUUCAGAAGGAAACAAGGAUAUAAGGAAUUGAUAAGUGAUCUUGGGAUUCUUGCGGAUUUGUCUGACGUUGGAAUAUUACUAGUACUAGACUGAGUGAAUCUUGGCAGUAUAUUUUCAUGAUUUCAUGUGUUUCAGAAAAGGUAUUUUCCUUCAAAAAACUAGUUUUCUUUCUUGGUGUGUUUCUGCCGGUGCGCGGUGGCGGUGGCGAAACUGUGAAACAAAAGGGAUUCAUCGCACGUCGUCAGCGGUAGGUCACGUCAGCGUACCGGGUACCCUGGCCCUGUCGGCUGCAGAGCUCAGAGCUCGUUCAUUCGAGGAUCUAAUAAUUAUUUUUGGCAGUGCAUCGAGGCUCAGAUUCAGUUGGGGAUUGGAACAUCAGUGAGCAUUGUCCAUUGAGCCAACGAAAUCUAUAUUUAUGCCAGACCUCCACGAUUGGAUUUUUAUUAUACCAGUAGUUCACAAAGUAAUUUAACACCAAACAACAGACUCCAGACAUUAAAUUUGUGAAGACAUGUAAUGAAAAUAUGAGCGAAUGAAGAAGUGACAAGAAAAGAGGAAACUUCUAACAAUUAAUUUUCAUGUAAAUGUCUGCCCACCCCCCAAGUCUGUUUUCUAUUUUGAAUAAAAAUAGCUAACUUCGUUAAAAGAGGUCUAAGUCGUCUAACUGAUUAUUUGGUUCUUGACCAAGCGAAAGGCAAAAUUUCCCUAAAUAAACAUGGAAACUCUUGUAGGCUCUCCUUUGACUCUUGUUGUAAAAGCUCCAAACCAGGAGAUAGGUGAUCAAACUGUUGAAUGUUUUCUUGACUGGACAGUAAGGAAGCUGAAAAAACAUUUAUCUGCUGUUUAUCCAACCAAUCCUAAUGAAAGAAGUCAAAGAAUUAUAUACUCUGGAAAGCUUCUCCAAGACAACUUGCUGCUAAAGGAUGUCUUACAUGUACCAUCGAACAAUCCUAAGGAGAAUAGAUGUACAGUUCACUUGGUCUGUACACCACCCCCAGAGGAACUAGCCAAGAGAGAAACAAACAAACAGAGUCAAGAAACAGUACUAUCAAAUAAUGAUGGUCUUAGACAACGGACAUCAACACAGCGCGUCCCUCAACCUGAACAGCCGUAUCAAAAUGCUUUUCCCAAUGCCACGUCUUUGCCUUCAACAUCUGGCUCGGUCCCAGUGCCUCAACCUGGCGUCAUGCCAAACUCUUCCAUGUCUACUGCACAAAUGCAAUGGAUGCAACAUGUGUAUGCCCAGCAGAUGGCUGCCUACAUGCAAUAUGCGAGUAUGAUGGCAGCAAGUAGUGGUGGGAUGCAGGCCGGUUGGAACCAAGCUUAUCCAAUGACAUCAUCACCAUGGUUACCACCUUCAGUACCUCACCCUACUACAUCAAUUAACCAACCACAACCCAACCCAGCCCCUGGUCAACAAGCUGAAGCUGCCCCGGCACCUGCUCCCGCUGCUGCUGCUCCCGCCCCUGCUGCUGCUGGCCCACCCCCACAGAGGAUGAAUGUAGGUGGUGGUCAGGCUGGUGAUAUGGAUGAGGAGGGAGUGAGACGGGAUUGGUUGGAUUGGACGUUCACUCUAUGUCGGUUUGGAAUCCUGCUGAGCAUUGUCUAUUUUUAUUCAUCUAUUCAUAGAUUCUUGAUGGUUGCUGGAGCUGUGUUUGUUAUGUACUUAUAUCAAGCAGGAUACUUUCAGUUGAGACGGAGACAAAGAGCAAGACCACCUGUAACCCCACCCCAAGAACAACCCCCAAGGGAGGAAACCCCACCCAAUGAUGGACAACAAGAUGAUCAGCCUGAGGAAUCGGAGAGCAGUACUAGUGGCAGUGAUGACGUUGAUGGUAAUACAGAAGAUGAACCAGUAGAACCUCCCCGGCCUGGUAUGCUAGUUACAGUCUGGAUCUUUGUCUCUACAUUCUUUACAUCAAUACUUCCUCAGGGUCCUCCUCAACAGUUUCCUGCAAACUAAUAAACUUGCAGGGACCUCCUGAACAAUUCCUUAUAUUGUGGACAUUCAGGGCAUUGCCUGUGUAUACUGCAUCAUUUAGACCAUCUCACCAUAUCAUGUCAAAUCAAGGCUGGAUCGCAGGGAUCCACUCAUAUUUUCUUCUGAUGAACUCUUUAAACGAGUUACCAGCGGGAAACAAGUAACCAUCUUUGUUCUCUGUGACAGCAGUCCUUGCGUUAGAACAAGAUGACAAGAUGGAAUAUUCUAGGUGGAGGUUUACCUAUUACAACUUGAAGAGAACACCCUGUGGAUUUUGUAUUUUUCUAAUCUGAAGUUACAGUAACCAUGUCGAAGAUUGAAUUGGAUUUGAAAUUCGCCAAGUGAAGUUGGCGUUCUAUAAAUCAUGUUAAAAAAUUUAUUUCAAGGCCUUUCUCUUUUCACCUUUAGGCAGCUAUUAUUGCACAGAAUAUUUACUAUAAACCAGAUUGGAAUGAUCAAUUCUUCUUGGUGUUUUGAUUUUUUUUUGAAAGAAGAUUUCUAUUUAUAGAAUGGUUAAAAAUUCUAGUUUCUACAGUUACUCUGCAGUGGUCUGUCUGCUUAGUGGUUUGAUUGUUAAUUUUGCCAAUACCAUGCAGAGUUUUAUUUUACAAAAGAAUGAUUUCAUUUAUUCACAUGUAGAAGUACUCACUUUCCUUUUAUUCUGGAAUUGUAAAUGGUUUGUAGGUGAAAGACAUUCCAUAUUAAUGUGUUUGAAUAAGAAUUAAGAGUAUACCCCUUAUUUAAAGUUUACCUUUCCAGUCACUGUCUCUGACCUUGUCAGUUUAUCAGCUUGACUUACCUGUAAAUCUAAAUGUAGAGAACUGGUUAUUCCUCUUUUAUUUCCUAGAUGAUUUCAGUUAGUCUGUUUGCUUAUGUUCAGACAAUAUAGAAAUAAGAGAAAUAUUUUUCUUCCUUUAGCUCUAAAUUUCAAGCAUACAACAUUGUAUAGUGUUCAUGAUGCUUAAGCAUGUACUUUUGUUCAUAUGAAAGAAGGGUUUGUGUACCAUGACUUUGUUGUGUUUUCCCUUUUUGCCAUUUUAUAUCUCAAAAUUAUGGGAAUUUUUUAUCAUAAAGAUAAGAAAACAAUAUUCUGGUAUACAAAUAAUCUGAUGAGUUAAAAAAAAAGAAGCAUUUUGUUGUUACUUAAAAUCAACAUGAAUUUACCUUUAUUGCUCAUGUGUUAUGUGAAGUUUUGGCAUGGCAUCGAGGCAUAUUUUCCUUCUUGAUUUUAUUUUUCACCACUUUCUCUGUGUAUUACUUACUAGUACUUUAGAUAUUGCACUGCUUCAUAAAAAAAAAGAUUAAGAUUAAUGGGAAUAUGAAGUACUGAUAUUGAUGCUAAAAGCAAGUCGUAUCGUUUGAACGUACAAUUUCUUCCUUUUUUUCUAUUGUAGAAGUGAUAAAAUCAGAUUGUAAUGUCUUAAAAUAACAGUAUUUUGCAUAUUAUGCUACUAAUCACUAAUGCUAUUUUCUAUGUCCAUAUGUACAAUCUAAGAGAAAGAUAAGGAGAAAAUUAAAAUUGUUUUGAAAUUUCAAGUAAUUAGACACCCUUGUUGAAAUAAAAUCUAUUCUUUAGUGUUAGUAUGUAUAUGUACAGUGGUUAUAAGUGGAACUUCCUUUAUAUUUAUGUAUUCAACUAUUCUUUUGUCCAUGUACUUUGUAUUGGCUAAUUUCAUCAAAAUAAUUAUUCUUGAACUGCACUGUGUAAUAUUUUUUUACUUUGUUUGCUCUACCCUAUGAUAAUAUAAGAGAGUGCAUUUACUUGGUGGAGGUAGGAUACAUAGUCUGUUACAAUGCUAUUGCAAUGAUUUUAUUAGAACAACUCUUCUUAUUUUCUGUACUUUUAUUUAAAGUUAAAAGAUUUAUAAGGAAAAUAGAAAACCAAGACAUGGUUGAGCUGAAGUAGCUCUGAAAAAAUUGUACAUCGACAUAACUUUAUGUUAUGGGAAAGUUACUAUUGAAGAGUGAUUCCGAAGAUGUGUGAAAAUAUAUUUAUAUUUAAAUGAUUGUAUAAUGACAUAACUUUGUGUUAUGGGAAAGUUACUAUUGGAGAGUGAAUUUGAAGAUGUGUGAAAAUAUACCGAGAGAUACAGAUUGAAGGAAAUGAAUCUCCGUCAAGUGUAGCAUUUUUUUUUCUAAAUUCACUUUUUGGUUGCAAUUUUCAUUUGUUUCCCGAAUUAUGCCAGUUGAAAACAAAUGCAAUAGCUGAUGAUAUAAGUGUUCAACCCUAUAUAGCGCAGCUUAUUUUUUAUUUAUUUUGGUCAUGCAGGCUAAAGUUGCAUUGGAUUUGUUCAUGAAAUCAUAUUUUUGAGCAGUUGGUCUGACAUGCACUGACAAAAUGUUGCAUGACUCCAGAACCGCAUACCCCCAAGUCGCGAUAUGGUCUUAAAAGUUGUGCAAGGCUAGAGAGGUUUAAAGAAAAUGCUAUUAUACAUAACAGAUGUUGAAUGGAACUGUAUGUAUUAUAAAUUUCAAAUGCAUUCAUCAUAAAAAAAUAUUGAUUGCAGAAUACAUUGAUAUAAUUGAGACAUGACUUUCUUACAAACAUAAUGGAACUGAUGAAGGAAAUUCACCCCAACACUAAUACAACCACCGUAUAACCCUAUAUAAAUAUACAUAAGUGCACACACAAGAUUUGAAGUCAUUUUAAACUAUAUAUUGAUUUCCCAUUGAAAUGGUAAAUUAAUGGUAGCUGUGUUAGUGCCGCCAUUUUUCAUCUUGUUGAUUUUUAAAAAUAUUGGUUUGUUUGUGUUUGACAAACUUCACAUCAAAAUACCAGUUUGAUAAACAGGUAUUUUACUUUGUUUGUGCAGAUGACUCUUGUUUGAUGACAUUCAUGUGCUCUUAUUUUCUCUCCAGUAAAAAAAGGUGAAUAAAAUUGAUUUUUGCUAAUUUUUCUAUGGUAUUUAAUGCAUUUCUAUAAUGAACUCUUGGUAUACAUCCUUGUAUUCUUGAUCCAAUGAAUCUGUACUCACGUAGUGGUGAUUGUAAAUAUAACGUUUGAAAUAAAUAUUAUAUAAA